UCUAACAGUAACCCACUGGUGUGCGUCGCUUGAGGAGCGUUGCGGUGCCUCCAUAGUCUGACGGCUUACGUUCUGUUUUUUUUUUGCGGGGGAGUCCUUUCACGUGACCCAAAGGGGGUUUUUUCCCCCUCGAGUGUGUGAGGUGGUCUUGUUGGUCCUUCGCAGUCGGAUUCGCCGGAGUUCUGUGCACGAAACGUUUUGAUUCGAAAGUGCAAUUUUUUUAUGUUUUACACGGGCUGUUGCGUCACUUGAACAGUUUCUCUGCUGUUAUGAAAAGAUAUGAACACGGAGUGAAAUUAGGAGUGUUUUUCUUUCCUCAUUCUUGUCCAUCGUUAUUGAAAAGGAACCGAAAAUGUUUGGUGAAGACGGAACAGUAACUUCAACCUUCAAUAUGUGCGAUAGAACAAUAGUGAAAGUGCGUUAUUCUGGUUUGCAACAAGAAAGGAUAAGGGUAGUAUGUUCUACAAGAAAACAACAAGUUAGCAGAUUUGUCACUGUCACUGAUCCCAGUAAAUCAGCAGCAACGUCCAGGAAGCAUGUCACUAUAAUAAGCUUUCCACCAAGAAUGGAAAGAUCUCCAAUUGUGAACUCGGUGGGAUCUUCCGAACGUAUACAAGAACAGACAUACAUUCAAGCACCAGUUUUCAUGCAGAGCCAAAAUUUCGCAACAACUUCCAACUCACAAAUGUACACUAGAUCUUCUCCAAAUAAUUCUGGAUAUGUGACAGUUACACAAAAUUUGCACAAGAAAGGUCCCCAUAGAAAUGGAGAUGUUCUCAAAAGAUCUAGAGUACCAAAUACGUAUGAAUUAUCUCAAGACAUUCUCGAUAAGCAGAUUGAAGUUCUUGAACGUAAAUAUGGUGGAAUCAAGGCUCGUACUGCUGCGCUCACUAUUCAGAGAGCUUUCAGGAGGUACACAUUGAGGAAAAAAUUUGCUGCCAUUACUGCAAUGGCCAAGGCAGAGAAGAGGAUAAGCAGAAGAAUACCGGCAGUCUCUGAAGACCAGAGGAGUAUCACGAUCAACGAGAGUGAUCAUGUAGCCGAGUAUGCAAGAAGUUUCGAUGGUCAUGAUUGUAAUAAUACUAGAGUCUUGCCAGUUAGGUCGAUGUCUUUGAGGGAAAGGCGGAAUAUUGACAACAUCCCAAUUCCGAGAAGUCUUUCAGGAACACCAACUGUCUGCUGGGAGAACUAUUCUUCCCCUUCUUCCUUACAACAUUACUAUUCACCGACUGAAUGCAAGUCUGACACUCAGGUUACUUCAAGUUCGACAUAUUACAGUACUCCAAAUACUUCCGGCAGCAUACGUUCUUCGAGAAACAGCUUGAACUGCAGAAAAGUACCUCCGGAGGUGCCAAAACGUACCUCGAGCAUAUCUUCAAGAUCUCUAGAGCCAAAAUAUCAGAAGUCGAACGGUUUAAUCAAGACAACAGAAAACGGAUCCUUAUCAAGUGUCCAAAGCUCGGGCAGUGAUAGCAGCAUUUCAAUUGAUAGGGUUCAUGAAUUUUCGAGCUCUCCAGUCUGGAAAAGGAAGGGUAACCAUGUCUCAGAAUAUGCAGAACCGAAUGUCGACACUUCUGCAUCGAACAUAUCGAACGUUUCAUCUUCAACAUUCACUAUCGAUAGGAACGAUCCACAAGCCGCUGCAGCUUACAAGAUUACUGAAAUAAUAAGAAAAAGGCAGUACCGUGUGGGGUUGAACUUGUUCAAUAAAAAGCCGGAAAGAGGUAUCGAUUAUCUGAUUAGAAGGAGCUUCCUGGAAAACUCACCUCAGGGUGUUGCACGCUUCCUGAUUUCUAGGAAAGGGUUGAGCAAACAGAUGAUUGGAGAAUACCUUGGAAAUCUGCAGAGCCCUUUCUGUAUGGCUGUACUCGAGUGCUUUGCCGGAGAGCUUGAUUUGUCCGGUAUGCAAGUGGAUGUAGCCCUAAGAAAGUUCCAACAGUAUUUCCGAAUGCCAGGCGAAGCACAAAAAAUUGAAAGGUUGAUGGAGAUAUUCUCGCAGAGGUACUGCCAAUGCAAUGUCGAUCUUGUGGCCAGAUUGAGGUCUCCGGAUACUAUCUUUGUGUUGGCAUUUGCAAUAAUAAUGCUCAACACCGAUCUUCACACACCUAGCAUCAAACCAGAGAGGAGAAUGCGUUGCGAGGACUUCAUAAAGAACUUGCGUGGCAUCGAUGAUUGUGGAGAUAUAGAUAGUGACAUGUUGAGUGGAAUUUAUGAACGUGUUAAGGCCAAUGAAUUCAAACCCGGCUCUGAUCACGUUACCCAAGUUAUGAAGGUGCAAGCAACCAUCGUUGGAAAGAAACCCAACAUGGCAUUGCCCCAUAGAAGACUUGUAUGUUACUGCCGUUUGUACGAGAUACCAGACAUCAACAAGAAGGAGAGGCCUGGUGUUCACCAGAGAGAAGUUUUCCUCUUCAAUGAUCUACUGGUUAUCACGAAAAUAUUGAGCAAGAAAAAAUCGUCAGUUACUUACACAUUCCGAAACAGUUUCCCUUUGUGUGGAAUGGUGGUUUCACUAUUCGAAGUACCACAUUAUCCAUUUGGUAUUCGUCUGAGUCAGAAAGUUGAUGGGAAAGUACUGGUAACCUUCAAUGCAAGAAACGAACAUGAUAGAUGUAAGUUUGCGGAAGAUUUGAAAGAGUCCGUUAGUGAAAUGGAUGAAAUGGAGAAUCUCAGAAUAGAGGCUGAAUUGGAAAAACAGAAAUCUAAUAGAGGACCAAGAAGUGGAACUGAAAAUAGGGAUAGCGGUGUAGCCGAUGUGGAGGUUUGUCCUUGUCAGUGUUCAAAAGGACAAGCUGGUUCUGGCGAACCUUGCCACGAAGAGGGUGCUCAUGAACAACAAAUCAAACGUUCGGCUUUGAGCAACUCUCUACUUGAUAUACAUGAACAAUUUGCAGGAGACAAAAAUCAAAGACGUGGUAGUGUUGGUUCUUUGGAUAGUGGGAUGUCGGUGUCCUUUCAGUCAACCUCGGCAAGCACAUGUUCGAGAUCUGACAAACUGAUGAACAAAGGUAAACCUGGUUACGGUCCAAACAGCCAGUCUUUUUUGGGCGGUUUAUUCAAGAAACCCGGUAGUACUCCAGUCAAAUCUACCGAAGUGUAAACUGUUUUAUAUCAUCGUAAAUUCAUAAUUCACAAUCGGUUACAUAUAUGUACUGAAGUUGAGUGUUUCAUAAAUAUCAUUAGAAUGAUUCAAUUUUUAAAAAAUUGAAUAGAAUCUAGGUGUUUUCAAAUCUAAUUCAACUAAUUGUAUUUACUUAAUCAAAUGUUCAUCCAGUGGUUAAUGUCUUAACUUCUUUUUUUUUAAGUGGAACUAAAUUUUGCACACUUAGCGCUCUAUAACAAGUGUAAUGAAAACUUUUCGUAAAUUUCAACUGCUGAAAAAUCCAUCCUGCAAAUCAAUACUCCUUGUAUGUUACUUAAGAAGAAACGCAAGUUUGUAUGUUACAUAAGAAGGAACGCAAGUUUUUGUAAAGGAAAUGUGUGGAUUGAAAAUAUCUAGAUGUAGGGAUCUUCUUCGUUGAGAAGAAUUAUAGGAGAAAUGAGUUGAAGGAUAUGUUUAAUCAUUUUGAUGGGGCACCAAAGUACAUUUGAAAUUUUUUUUUCAAUUUUUGUUUUAUUUUAUGGAUAGAAAAGUUUUUGGAGAUUGAGUGUUAAAUAAAUGUUCAGAUUUAUUUAUUUUCCUCUUGAAUUCUCAAGAAUUUCAAGUCAUACCAAAUAUUUUCGUGAUUCCUGACUGAAAGUAAAAUAAUAUUAAGAUGUGUUCCCAAUUUCAUUGAAAGGUUGGUAGUUUGUAUUUAAAAUCAUUUCUUGUCUCUUGUGUUUACAUCAUGCUACUUCAGAUUUUCAAUUCAAUUUUUAGGAAACAUAUUUCCAACAUUCUAUGAGUAUUAUUAACAAAAUGCAUAUCAAACUCUUAUACUCUCAUGCCUGUAAUAAGUUGAAAAAGUUGUUUUUCUAUAUUCUAAUGCAAUCGGUGAUCAAGUUAACGACACAUAUCUAAAGAUUAAUGCUCAGUCUCCAAAUAAUGAGAUCGAAAUCUUUGUCUUUGGUGCCUCCAAUUUUGAAUAAUCCAAAGUAAUUACACAAUGUGAUUUAAAAAUUUUCCCACAGAUUUUGAGAAAUCUUGAGAUACUCUAUUUUGAGGAUGAUUUAUUUUGUUUGAAUCGCGAUUCGAUUUAUCUUCAAGAUUUCCAACUGUUGAAAAAUUAAAUGAAUUCCUGGAAUUUGGUACUGAAGAAGGAGUUAUCUUGUAGCUAUCAACUUAAUUUUAGUGUAAUCAUUUAUUUUAACCAAAGAAAUGAAUGGAAAUUAUACCUUGUAGGUGUAGAUGCAGUCAAUGUUUUGAAAAGUUGAUUAUCGAGCACUAUAAGAUAAUCAUCACUUACCUUAUAUCUAAUAAUAAUUUUCAACGUGAACAUUGAAAUAAUUCAGUCUUACCAGAUAAUCCAAAAAGUUCAUUACUCUAUCGAUCAAUAGGUGACGAACUUAAUAAAGAAGUAUUACUAACUUUACAUUUGAAUCAAUUUAAACUAACGAUGAAAGCAAUAAUUAUAGUUCACAUUCUUUAAUGAUUCUAUCUAUAUUCAACUUAUUUCAAUGUAUAUCAGCCUGUACUUAGACUAAUUUAUUCUGUUGAAAAAUAUGUUUAUUAUUUUAAUUCCAAAUUCGUUUUCAUCAAACCCAAUUGGAAUUUUUUUUUCUGGUAUUGUUGUUUCCUUUGUUGUCAUUACAGUUUUUUUGUUAUUGACAGAUUUUGCAUUUUUAUAUAUUUGUUGAUUUUAUUGUCAGAAACAUGGAAUUUUAUGAGUUGUAAUUUUUUUGAUAUAAUAAGGUGUCGAGUGUUAUUUACUUAAGAUUAAAAAAAAGUGUAUUCUGUAUAUAGGUUCAAAGAAAUUCCGAAGAAGCAAAUAUGUUCUAGUCGACUGUAAAUAAGCUAGGAAUCUCACGUAUAUAUUAAAUUUAUUUAACUAUAA